AAAUUUUAUAUGUGCACUCGAUUUAUUCCUCCACUUGAACGAUUCCGUCACUUAAUUGCAAAUAUUUCUGAACGUUAGACGAUCUUAUAUGAAAAUCAGGCAUAAUAUUAUCCUGGCGGAUGUGCUAUAGAGUCCGGUCUAUACAUUUCUACAUAUGUAGUUGGACGCGUUCGGAACCGCUCUUUUAUAUAUCUGCCAAACUCGAAUUCGAAAGUUUCUCCGCAAACAUGCAUUUUUGCCAGCGUCCCUCGUUCGAUUAACGCGAUGUCCGGAUCGAAUUCGCCUAAAACAGAUACGAGUACCAACCCUUUGCGGCAAUUUCGCAUUCAAAAAAGACGAACGAAGACAAUGAACAUGUCUGAUGACGAUAGCAAUUUGGUAAGUUCGGAUACACAAGCACGCCGUAAAUUUGUAAACCGCAUUGAAGAUAGUGACAGUGAUAUUGGUAGUCCAAUUAAAUCAAGUUCAGAUUGUAAUAUCAAAGAUAAAGAGCAUAUGUUUAAAUACCUGAGAACUUUAUAUCCACAAAAUGAUGUAAUGCAGAUACAUAAAACACUUUGUGAUGCCAAUUGGGAUGUCGAAGAAGCCAAGGAGGCACUUAAGAAUAAUAAGAAGAGAAGUUCGGUAUCUAGAAAAACUAACAAGAAGAAAAGAAGAAAAUUAAAUGAAGAUGAAGAUGUGGAUGUUGAUUCGGAUGAAGGACAUUAUAAAGACAAAGUAUUUAAUAGCGACGAAGACUCAGAUGUAGAAAUAUCUAAUGAAUUCACUGAUGAUAAAAAGGCUAUUUUAGAAUUUAUGCAAACUGCUCUGCCUUCAGAAUUGCUUCUUAUGUCUCAAUGUUCUCAAAAGAAAGCCAAUGCUAUUAUAGAAUCAAGACCAUUUGACGAUUGGAGAGACUUAGUGAAUAAAUUCAAAAACACAAAGUACUUAGACACAGACUUGUUAAAUGCAGCUGACGUAUUGCUGUCGACGCGGAAUGUAAUAGAAAAUCUUAUGAAAAAAUGCCUGCAUUUGUCCGCCAAUAUGGAAAAAGCUGUAGCUGCCGGUGCGUCAGCCAUAACGCAGCAGCCGAAAGCAUUAUCGCCAGAUUUAACAUUAGCUCCUUACCAAAUGGUUGGUCUGAAUUGGCUUGCUGUUAUGCACGCGCAUAACGUGAACGGCAUAUUAGCCGACGAGAUGGGUUUGGGAAAAACUGUACAAGUCAUAGCAUUUCUCACAUAUCUGAGAGAAUCCGGCCUGCUUGACGAAAAGGAUGGCCCCCAUUUAAUUGUCGUUCCCAGUUCGACUAUGGAAAAUUGGUGGAACGAGUUGGAAAAAUGGUCACCCGGUUUGAAGGUUGUACAAUAUUACGGCUCUCAAGAUGAACGGAAAGAAAUGCGAAUGGGCUGGCGGAAUGGCGAGCUUGAUGACGUCGAUGUUUUAUUGACUACGUACAAUUUAAUCUGCAGCACACCGGAGGAGCGUAGAUUGUUUCGCGUUAUGCCGAUUAAUUAUGUGAUUUUCGACGAAGCUCAUAUGCUGAAGAAUAUGAGCACCGUUAGAUAUGAAAAUCUUGUGAGAAUUAACGCUAAACAUCGAAUCUUGCUGACUGGUACACCUCUACAAAAUAACUUACUGGAAUUAAUGUCUUUGCUAAUAUUCGUAAUGCCUUCACUAUUUGCUGGCAAACAGACUUCUUUGAAAAAUUUAUUUUCCAAAACUCCUAAAACAGGCGAUAAAAAGGACGGGGAGCAACCGUUAUUCGAAAGAGAACAGGUCAAGAAGGCAAAGAAAAUUAUGCAGCCAUUCGUUCUUCGACGGCUUAAAACUGAAGUUCUACGCGAUUUGCCGCAUAAGAAGGAAGAGAUAAUGCGAUGUGCGUUAAUCGAAAAGCAGCAAAGCAUGUACAACAAAUUAAUCGCACAGUUUUCAAAAAGAAUUGCACAAGAGAAGGACAGUGAGAUUGCAGAUGCGAAUGAAAGUGGAACCGGCAUGAUGAUGCAAUUGAGAAAGCUUGCCAAUCAUCCUCUUCUUGUACGUGAUUAUUACGACGAGGAGAAACUUAAGGCUAUAGCGAGUAGAUUGGCGAAGGAGCGAGGUUACAAACAGGAGAAUCCGGAAUACAUCUUUGAGGAUCUAAUUUGGACGUCAGACUAUCAGUUAAAUCAAUUAACACGCAUGUACAAAAGUGUGGCCGGAUUUGGCUUACCGCAGGAACUCAUUCCUCAAGCUGGCAAAUUGAGGAAACUGGACGAAUUGUUGCCGCAAUUGAAAGCGGAUGGUCACAGAGUGCUCAUUUUUAGCCAAUUUACUAUGGUGCUGGAUAUACUCGAAGAGUAUUUAGCUAUUAGGGGACAUACAUUUCUAAGACUCGAUGGCAGUACACCCGUGACUGAAAGACAAACUCUGAUAAACGAAUACACGCAAGAGCCAAAUAUAUUCGUAUUCUUGUUAUCCACAAGAGCCGGUGGUUUGGGAAUCAAUUUGACAGCUGCCGACACAGUUAUAAUUCACGAUAUAGAUUUCAAUCCUUAUAAUGAUAAGCAAGCGGAAGAUCGAUGUCAUCGAGUGGGGCAAAAUAAACCAGUUACUAUAAUUAGAUUAUUAAGCGAAGGCACGAUAGAGGAAAACAUGUACGAGAUAGCUCAAGAGAAAUUGCAUCUCGAACAACAAAUCACUGAAACUGAAGAAAAUGAAAGUGCGGACAAGAAAUCUGUUCUAAAAUUAUUAAAAAUGACUAUAGGCCAGGAUGUUCACAAUAAAUCUUUACCGUCGACGAAAAAUAAGGAAUCUGAUAUAGAAAGUGAUAAAAAUUGUAAAUAAGAAAUUAAUUUAUUUAUAAUAAUCAUAAUUUUUUUAUAUAUUCCAUUUUAUAAAAUAUCAAGUAUUUAAUUAUAACUCAACGACUCAAUGUGGAAAUAUAUAACACACACACACACACAUACACAAUUUGUAUGUUUCCUAUGUAUGAAGUACAAUCAUGAUACACUUAAU